AUGUACAAUCAGCCUUCGUCUUCCUCUUUUAUCCACAAGACUGAGACUCUUGAAGAUAUCAAGAAUACUACUACCGGAAUUUCAUCAAGGAAUUUUGAACCAUUUCAAUUUGACACGUUAUCAAGACAAUUUAAUAUGACUUCUAACACCGUACAAGCUCGUCAAAAUUGUCUUUCCGAUACUUCAAUGACCGACCAACAAGGUCCUAACUCUCCAAUCAAUAACAAUAAAGAUAAUAAUCAUUUAAAUAACUUAAAUAAUUGUAAUGGUCAAAGUAAAAAAAUGAUUGGCGUUCCUGAUAGUAAAGAAAAUCAAGAUCUCAAAAAAUUGGUAGAAAAAUUCAUCCAAGAUCCUCUCAAUAUUUAUGAAUAUAUUCUUGAUGAUCCUAUAUUCCCUCCUAAAAAGAAGUUUCGUGGGGUUGAUACUAGUGAUGAAGGUGCGAAAAAAGAUAUACUGGGAUCUACUAUAUGGCGCCUUUAUACAAAAGCCGGGGACGUUUUACCCAAUGGAAUAAGGGUUGAAAAUAGAACUUGGAGAAUGAUGGCUGUCGCUUUAAGACGAAAAAAUCAGGAAAUUGAUUUUAAUUCAUUUAACAAAUCGAAUUCUAAUCCUACCACCCAUCAAUCAAACAACAAUUCUCCUUCUCCUCAACUUCCUUCUUCUACUGCACCUACGAUUAAUGGAUUUAAUAAUGUUCGAGCUAAACGAAGUCCGGCUGCAAGUUCCAAGACUCCUUUAAAAUCAUCGGAAUCUAUAACUACAAAUAAUCGAUCUACAAAUAAAUCCAAGGAUGAUAAUUCAGAACUUGCAAUAUUUGGAAAUCUUGAUGUGGAAAUGGACGAACAAAAACCUGUUAUCAUCAAUGGAACUUUCGAUUCAGAAAGAUAUGAAUCAUCAUUUCUAGAUGAUCAUACUAAUUUUGUGGCAUCUCCUGAAUCUAGUGCUAGUAAUACCGACGAUAAUCAUUCAGUUUCUACUUCAUCACCUUCUCCCUUCACUUUUGAUUUAACCGGAAUCUCAAAUGAAUUUUUUGGAAAUUCGCAAAACAUAAGUGGUAGAAAAGGUUUUAUUAAUCCAGGGAAACCUCCUAAUAAUACGGGGAGACCAAUGGCAAUUCCACGACAACAUAGUUAUAAUUCUCAUAAUUCAUCUACUGCAUUUAAAAAGUCAUCGAAACAACAACGAUCCCUUAAUUUUAAUCCUGUAUCUCAACUCUCAAGUAUUACAAUACCCAGUGAUACAGCCGAAGAUUCAGAUAUAGAUCUAACAGAUUCUAUGUCGUCUUCUGCUUCAACAAAUACCGCUUACGCUUAUACCCCAUAUAAUUCAACAUUUGAUCAAUCAACUCUUGAUUAUUCAAUAAUGAGUUCCUCAGGUCCUUCUUUUCCAUAUCAAAGUUUUGAUCUUGCAGGUUCUGAUGGAAUAAAUAAUUCAAAUCCUAUGGCUGCAUAUCUUCAAUCUUCAAACAGUAGACCUUUAUCCCCAUCAGAUAAUUCCGGAUAUUUCUUCGAUUCAUAUAAUCCAAAUAAUGAUAUAGGAAAUGUUGAAGGAACAUCAUCUUCAUUACUUGAUAUUGUAGUUCUGGUGGAUCCGGAGGAGGAGGAAAAAGUCAACAAUCUUCAAUUAGCAAUGAUUUCCAGUAGUAUGGGUACAUCUUCAAACACCACCAUGCCUAUUAAAAGACCUAGGUCUUCUUCACGGGCCUCAUUAACUAAACCUACAUCCAAUAAUACAUCAAUAUCGACACCUUCUUCACCAUCAAUGCAUAAAGAUGGUAUGAAUGGUAUCAAUAAUAAUAGUUCAUCAUCAAAACAUACCAUACCAACAACGUGUACGAAUUGUCAUACUCAAACGACCCCUUUAUGGCGUCGUAAUCCUGAAGGACAACCUUUAUGCAAUGCUUGUGGGUUAUUCCUUAAACUUCACGGUGUUGUGAGACCAUUAAGUUUAAAAACUGAUGUAAUUAAAAAACGUAAUCGAGGUGGUGCAUCAACAUCUGGUAAAAAUCCAGCCAAAGGGGUUAAAGGUACCGUACAAUUGGGUACAGGUGGAGCAAGUAUGGGAGUAAUGGGUAAAAGAAUGUCACUAACAAGUUCAAUGACAUCCCGAUCACAUCUCGGAAAUUCACCCAAUUCUUCAGUGUUAUCCACUUCUGCGCCGACAAAUGCUCAAUUUAAUACAAACGCAUUUAAUUCGAGACAGCAACAUAUGGUAGGAGUUAUGUCUAAAAGACAAAGAAGAUUUUCAAGUGACGAACAUCAACUAUUACAUACACAAGUGAACGAUGCAUCACAUUCCCAAAAUUACGGAAUGAUAAAAAAUCAAGCUACUACCUCUUCCAAUAAUGAACAACAACAACAAACACCAAUGAUGAUGGUAAUGACGACGGCAUUACAAGAAAAAAAACGGGCUCAUACUACUUCAUCAAUAAUGCAUCCAACAACCAUAUCAAAUUCGACGUCGGUAUCAUCUUUGAGCAUUAAUACAUCCACCACUAUUCCAUCGACGAGGCCGUCGCCUCAGAGACAUUAUUCAAUUUCCCCACAAACCUUAAUGCUUUAUGCCUGGCCCAAUGAACAAAUGGUGCAAUCGGUACUAUCGGGUGAAGAUGAUGAUAAUACCAUGAUACCUUCAAGUAGUGCAUUUUCUCAGCAAGCAUUUGUCGGUAAUGAAACAACCGAUGGAUCAAAUAGCCGAGUAAAUGCUAUGGAUUUAGAAUUUUAA